AUGGUUGCUGUGCUCUCCGACUUCCAACCAGAAGAAUCAGUUGCUGUUUUGGGAGCUGGGCGUGUCGGAUUGAUGGCUGUAUAUAGUGGAGAACUCAGAGGAGCAAGGAAUCUUUUUGUGCUGGAUAGCGUGAAGGAACGUCUGCAAGCCGCGGAGAGAAUCGGUUGUGUCGCUGUCGAUUUCACGGAAUGUGACGCGGUCGAGAACUAA